AUGAUCAUGAAGAGUAGCUUUAUGCCUCUUGUGGCCUUGUCAUCUGCCAUUAGUGCAUGGGCCCAUGGCGAAGAAGAAGCCAAAGAGAUGGGCCCCGUGGCUUUCAUGUGGCCGCCAGACCGUGUCUGGGGCGCCGCCUACGAUAACACGGCUCCAUGUGGUUCAUCUUCUGGUGCCACGAACAGAACCGAUUUCCCUAUGGCUGAUGAGCGUGUGUGCUCUAAGUCAACGGCCAACUCGCACUCGUCAUCCAAGAUGAAUCGUGGAACGUUCAGGUCGCGAUCUCUCACAAAAGCAGUAUGUCAAACGUCCCACAUCUCGGGUAUAUAG